ACCAAUUCGGGAAACAUUUCACAGUUGAGUCCCGGUUCGAACAGACCUAUUCCCAAAUGUACGGAAAGAUUGCCUUAGUGCUGGCCGUGCUUUACAUUCUCCUAAAUGUUCUGAUGCUGCGUUGGGUUUACCAGAAACCAAAGGACCAAAGGACUCCCGAUGAGGAGUAUAUGAGAGCAACGCUGAAAAAACUACUUGUCACUCGCCAUGCUGGCAGUCCAGGACAUAAAGCAGUUCGAGACUUUCUAGACAAGGAACUAAUGCGUUUUGGUUACAUCUCCAGUAGGGAUGACUUUUUCCACGGCAUCAACUACUCCAAUGUGGUGGGCUUCCUUAAUGACCAAGCGGAGCAGUACCUAGUGCUAACUUGCCACUACGAUGGCCCAAGUCCUAGGAAGGGAGGGGAGGACUUUUUAAUUUCAGCCACAGAUGGAGCUGUUUCCUGUGCCAUUCUUCUUACUCUGGCCAAAACGUCCAAGAUCUUCGCCAAAGCUUUGGGCCAAAACCUUGGACUGGCUCUGGUAUUCUUUGACGGUCAUGAGUCCCUGGCCACUGCACCUGGAAAUAAACCACUACUCUAUGGAUCGAAGAACUUUGUAAAUAAGAAUAUUAUAUCUUUAGAGAGAAUAGCUCUUGUCUUGACUCUCAACCUCAUAGGUGCGCCCAAUCAAACUUUUCCGAGCUACUCUCAAAACGAGGAUAAAAAUCAUAAUCGCAUUGCGGAGAUAGAACAUAAGCUACGUGAAUCUGGCCAACUAGUGGACUCCCAUAUCUUGUUUCAGGAGAUGCGAUCAUAUGGGAAUGAUCUACCCGAUGAUCAUAUGCCAUUUAAAGAAUAUGGUAUUCCAUUCUUGCACAUUGCUCCGGAAAAAUAUCCAAAUGUCCAUCAAACCGUAACUGACAAGGUGGAAAAUUUACAUUGGCCCACCAUUCUCAAUAUGAUCAAAAUACUACGUCAAUUUAUUCCUGAAUAUAUGGAAUCAAUAGACUUUAUUAAUUACGGUUAUUUUGAUUUCGACGAUGAUGUGGAUGAACCCACAUUACCAAAAGAAGAAACAAAUAAAUGGUGAAUUCCAUGGGGAUUAGAUUAAUUAAAAUCGGAAAUGUUUAUUAUUUGAAUAGUAAAAAAUAGUUGUUUACAUUAUAUCAAAGAA